GCGGGCAGAAGGCGGUUCUGCUGGUCUCCUCUUCCUGCUGCAGCCAGCCCAGCAUGCAGGCCAUGGGCCCUGCCGGCGGGUGAGGCAGCCGCGUGGCAGGCAUGUUCGGAGGCCCGGGGCCGGGGGGCCUGGGAGCCCAGGGCAUGGCAGGACCCCUGCGGGGCCGGGUGGACGAGCUGAAGCUGCCGUGGUGGCGGGAGAGCUCACCGCUGGUGCUGCGGCACAGCGAGGCGGCUCGGCUGGCGGCCGAUGCCCUCCUGGAGCGGGGUGAGACUGCCUACCUGCGGGUCAUCUCAGAGGAGCGGGAGCUGCCCUUCCUGAGCGCCCUGGAUGUGGACUACAUGACCAGCCAUGUGCGCGGGGGCCCUGAGCUCAGCGAGGCCCAGGGGCAGGAGGCCUCUGGGCCAGACCGCCUCAGCCUACUCUCCGAAGUCACCUCAGGCACUUACUUCCCCAUGGCCUCUGACAUAGACCCCCCAGACCUGGACCUGGGCUGGCCCGAGAUGCCACAGGCCACGGGCUUCAGCCCCACCCAGGCCGUGGUCCACUUCCAGAGGGACAAGGCCAAGAACAUCAAGGACCUGCUGCGCUUCCUCUUCAGCCAGGCCCGCACGGUGGUGGCUGUGGUGAUGGACAUAUUCACUGACAUGGAGCUUCUGUGUGACCUCAUGGAGGCCUCAAGCCGGCGUGGUGUCCCUGUGUACCUGCUCCUGGCCCAGGAGCACCUGAGGCACUUCCUGGAGAUGUGCUACAAGAUGGACCUCAAUGGGGGGCACCUGCCGAACAUGCGUGUGCGGAGCACGUGUGGGGACACAUACUGCAGCAAGGCUGGCCGCCGCUUCACGGGGCAGGCCCUGGAGAAGUUUGUCCUCAUCGACUGUGAGCAAGUGGUGGCGGGCAGCUACAGCUUCACCUGGCUUUGCAGCCAGGCCCACACUAGCAUGGUGCUGCAGCUGAGGGGCCGCAUCGUGGAAGACUUUGACCAGGAGUUUCGCUGUCUGUACGCUGAGUCGCGGCCUGUGGAGGGCUUCUGUGGUGGUGAGGACCCGCUGUCUCCCCGGGCACUGCGUCCUCCCCCUGUGGCCCUAGCCUUCAGGCCUGGCGUCCCAAGCCCCACGUCGUCCCCGCCCUCCAGCACCAGCCUCAGCAGCAUCAAGCGGUCACCGCUUAUGGGUUGCUCCUCCUACCUCACUCUACCAGGAGGUGGUGAUUGCAGUGACAUGGGUGUAGUGUCCUCGUCCCUGGGUCCCGCCCGCCGUGAGGCCAGUGGCCAGACCUCCCUACAUCGCCAACUGUCAGACCCUAACCACGGCUCCCCUCCUGGGCUCUACAGGGCCAACCUCGGCAAGCUAGGGGCAUACCCGUGGUCCCAGUCCUCCCCUGCCCUCAACCAUAAUAGUACCAGCCCCUUGACCUUGGCAGUGGGGUCACCUCUGCUUCCUCGCUCCCGGCCCCUCCUCCAGUUCCAUCGGGGUGUCCCAGCUCUGUCCCGAUUCCCAGAGAAUGGGCUCCCAGGAAGCCAAGAGCCCAGCCCCCUGUGGGGUCGAUGGGUACCUGGCACAGCCCUGGAGACAGUGGAGGAGAAGGAGAAGAAGGCAUCUCCAAGCCAGAGCCGUGGCCAGCUGGAUCUCCUUGUCCCCUUCCCCAGAGCCCGAGAAGUGGGAGACCCUGACUCUGGGGUUACCCCCAACUCAGGCCCCCUUCGGCCUGGCGAGCAGGCCCCAGAGGACACGAGGUUGUCCCCAAGCCAGGCCGACAGCCAGCUGGAUCUCCUGUCCCGAGCCCUGGGUACUGGGGGUGCCCCUGAGUCGAGUUCCCUCAGACCUGGUGAUCGGGCCCUGGAGGACAGGAAGCUGUCCCUAAACCAAAGCCAUGGCCAAUCAGACCUCCUGAUGCAGUACCCCAAGGCCCAGGGCUCCAGAGUGCCCCUUGAAACCAACUCCUUAGCCAGACCUGCCAGACAGGCUCCAGAUGAGCGGCGGCAGACCCUGGGGCACAGCCAGCCGGACCUCAUCACAAAGUUCGGCCCAUUCCGUGGUGAGGGGCCUGGGCCCAAUGGUCUCCCGAUAUCAAGCCCUGCUUGCACGGCUGGAGCUGGGUCUGGGGAUGAGAAACGGCUAACCCUGGGCCACAGCAAGCUGGACCUCAUCACCAAGUAUCAUCAGUUGCAAGGGGCCAGGCAGAGAACCGAGCCCGGGGGUCCCAAGGGUGGCCACCUCAAUGGUGGUAACAGUGACCUGGUCAGGGAUGAGAAACGGCUGACCCUGGGUCACAGCAAACUGGACCUCAUCACUAAGUACAACAAGUCCAAGUUCAAGCAGCUCCGAAGCCGCUUUGAGUCCUAGCCAAAGGACUGGCGUGGGGGGUGCACUGGCAAGGGCAGGCCCCUCCUCUGUCCACCAAGACUCUGGACUUGCUCAGGUCCCAGACUGGGGAAGGGAGGUGUCUAGAAACCCAGGUCAGACACACUCUCUGGGCUCAAGAUUCUUGUGUACACACACACACACACACACACACACCCCGACCAGUAUCUUCUUGAAUCUAGGCUGUGUUUCCAGCCCUGUGCUGGGCCUUUAGAGCUGACAGGUGGGUCACACUCAGACCUGGGGACAGAGGUGAAAUGCACAAGCUGCUGGAGAAGGGGUCAGAGCCAUAUCCAGUUAAAGGUUAACCAGUGACAGAGGGUGUUAGAAAACAAAGGGCAGAGAGUCAUGGAGAAGGUGGAGUAGUCAGAAAAGUUUCUUAGAGGAGAUGGAGGUGGCCUUUGAGCCAGGCCCUGAAGGAUGGGGAGGUUUUGGACAGAGGGAGGAGAGAGUUAGAAAAAUUUUUGGUAGAGGGAAUCAGGUGAAGAGAUGCCCUAGAGAGGACUGAGUGGGUCUGAGGUGAACGAGUGAGGAAGAGCAGAGUAUGUGGAUACCCGGAAA